GAUGGUCAAAUGCCGAAACAUGAUAGCGAGAGCGAGAGCGAGAGCGAGAGAGAGAGAGAGAGCAAAUAGCGAUCGAUAGUCAAAGGAGAGGGCCGAAACACCAUAGAGAGAGAGAGAGAGAGCAGAGAGGGAGACGACACAGACGAGGAAGACGACGCAGACGAAACGAAGAAAGAAGAAGAAAAAUGAAGAAAAACAGAAGAAAAGAAGAAGAUCGAAGGAGAGAUUUGAAGAAUCGAAGAACAUGCCUGAUCUAGGGCUCCAUUUCAGCAGGUUCUUCACCCUCUCUCUCUUUCUCUGUGUCUGCAACAGGUUAGGGUUUCUCUCCCUCUCUGUCCAUAACGUGUCCAUAGCGUGUCCAACAGUGUCCAAACAAGUGUCCGGCUGCAAAAAUUGAAAAAAAAAAAGGGACACGUUGGGUAGAGUGUCGGACACGUGUCCACCGCGUGUCCACCGCGUGUCCGUGUCUGACAUGUGUCCGACACCCAAACGUUGCCUUAGGGGACGUGUCCGUGCUACAUAGAAUAUAACCACUACAUUUAAACAAAUUAAUAGAUCAUCCAUUCACAAAAAAGUCUUAAUAAAUGAUAACAAGAACUAAGAUAAGAAGGAGAAAACAUUCAUCAUCCAAUAAUAUUCUUCACAAAAGCACUAAAUAAGAGUGGCAAAAGAAAAAAACAUAAAAUAAAAUUAGUCUCGCUGUGUCCCAAUGUGGACACGCGUGUCCUUGCCGUGUCCCAUUCUGUGUCCCCAUAUGGACACCCGUGUCCCCGUCGUGUCCCCUUCAAAAAAGUCAUUAAAUUAAAGGGAUGUGUCCUCGUGUCGGACACCGGCACGGCACUGAUUUUGGAGUGUCCAUGCUUUUUAGGCUAGUAUUCAUUGGCUAGGUUAUAGAAUUCAUUGAAUAAUAACCUAGUUGGUGAAUACUAGAGCUAGUGACACGGUAGCGACUGAAAUGUAAAUUGCUUGUUUUUCUUUCCUCACCAAGUAUAGCAUGAUGAGUUCAAGUUACGGAAACUCCGGGUUUAAUUUUGUGUAUUUUACUUCCAUACACCUCAUAUGGUGCUUUCUCCAUCUGGUCAAUGCAAGAGUUUCAUCUUUCACAAAUUUACCAAGAAGGACUUCUUAAGUUACAAGCCAAGGAAUAUGAGAAGGCUCGCGAACUAUUAGAAUCCUUGCUAAAAGAUCCUCUUAUUUCUAGUGCUCAGGUGAAAAGUAGUGCCAGUGACGGUCACCUUUUACAACUUAGAUUUUUGGCAUUGAAGAACCUUGCCACUGUUUUUCUUCAACAAGGUCCUGCCCAUUAUGAUAGUGCUCUACGCUGCUAUCUUCAAGCUGUAGAGAUUGACACCAAAGAUUCUGUUGUUUGGAACCGGCUAGGAACAUUAUCAUGCUCAAUGGGCUUACUGAGUAUCUCGCGAUGGGCAUUUGAACAGGGACUCUUUUGCAGCCCAAACAACUGGAAUUGCAUGGAGAAGCUCUUGGAAGUAUUGAUUGCUAUUGGUGAUGAGGUUGCGUGUCUUUCUGUCAGUCAGUUAAUUUUGAGGCAUUGGCCAUCACAUUCUCGAGCUUUGCAUGUCAAAAAUACCAUUGAAGUGUUGGAACCAAUCCCAUUUUCUCCAAGAGUUAUAGACAAACUGAAACCAAAACAUGUUCGUCUUAAGUUCUUGGACAAGAGAAAAAGAACAGACGAUAAUCUAGAUGAGGGUGUUGCACCUAAAAAGUUGAACCAGAAUGUAGAAUUGCAGCUUGCAGAAGCUUCCUGGACAGGCCUUGCUGAUGCACUGUUGGGAAUCUUACAUCCCUUGAGUGGAUGCAGUUCUGAACAGGGGUCUGACAAAUUAUACAAAUCCGGUGACAUUAGAUUAAGUAUACAAUUGCCUCAUGGUUCAGAAAAUAUUAUGGGGUCUGUGGAAAGGAAAGGACCUAAUGUCACCUCAGACGGUGAAAGUGUGUCUAUCAGUGAUUGGAACUCUGAGAAAGCUAGUGUUUGGAGAGAGAAAGAAACAAAUGUUUAUGAAGAACAACCUCAAGAGAGGCGUAGUAGUCGUCUUGAAAGGCUCAGGAGUCGUAAACCAGGUAAAGAAGAAUUGGAUUUUGCUAACAGGAAAGAUCUGGCUAAAGUUGUGGUUCAAUUUCUGGAACCUUUUAUUGUGGUUGGAGAAGGAGCUCAAGAUAGUAAUAGUGCUGUUAGUUGUUCAUUACCUUGUCCUGAUGUUGUGGCUAAUCCAGUCUAUACUGAAUUUGAUGAUGUUACAACAUUUGUCAAGGAAACUUCAAAAAAUUAUGGUGCUUACCACAUGGAUCACUUGCUUUUAGAAGAGGUUGCAAGUAGAGCCAUUUCAUACCGGGACACCGUUGCUUUGUUUUUGGAGUUGGAGAAAUUGACAAGGCAAUGGGGAAGGGAUAGGACACGGGAAUGCAGUAUUUUUCUUGCUGAGCUGUACUAUGACUUUGGGUCACGCUCUUCUGACACCUCCAGGCUGUCUGACUUCAUGUCUGAUGCAUCUUAUCAUCUUUGUAAAAUCAUUGAAUCUAUAGCUACAGAUUAUCCUUUCCACAUAAUUGGUGCAUCUGAGGAUGAGAAUAGCUCUUCAACAAGUAGUUCUCAAUGCAAUUCUGAAACAUCAGUUGGGAACAGUUCUCAGUUGUCCAAUAAUUCUCACUUGGGUUCGCUUUUUUUGGUUAAGUGGGAGAUUAUCAAUUUUCGAUGGCGACAGGAAAAUCUGAACAAUCACCUUCAGUCUGUUUGCCUGCCACAAUGCAAAGUUAUUAAAGAGUUAACUGUAGACAGGAUCCUUCAUGAAAUUAAUUUAUUAAAUGCAAUUCUGAAACAUCAGUUGGGAACAGUUCUCAGUUGUCCAAUAAUUCUCACUUGGGUUCGCUUUUUUUGGUUAAGUGGGAGAUUAUCAAUUUUCGAUGGUGACAGGGCUAAAGCUCAGCAAGAAUUCUGUAUUUCUUUGUCACAUUUAUCCAAUGAAGAAAAUCUGAACAAUCACCUUCGGUCUGUUUGCCUGCCACAAUGCAAAGUUAUUAAAGAGUUAACUGUAGACAGGAUCCUUCAUGAAAUUAAUUUAUUAGAGGUUGAUUUCUUGUUGAAGGGGGCAGCCAUAGGUCAGAUAAUUGAGAAAGAAAUGUAUCUUGAGUGUGCACACUUGCAUGCUCCCCUUCCCUUUUCUACAAUGGACACUCACCAGGACAUAUCAUGGGUUGCUGAUAACAAAGGCGAUGAGAUUGCUUCAGUUGAAUUAUCAGCAUUGGAUGUUCUCAUUAAAGCAUGCGAAAAGGCAAAACCAACAGACUUUGAGGUGUUUUUGAAUUGUUGCAGAAGGAAGCUGCAAAUACUCUUGGUUGCAGCUGGCAUGGAUGAAUGUCUUGCUUCACAUAAAUCUAUUCACAAGAUGUCUGUCCUAAAACCACUUUCUGCUUCAGGAACAGAAUUAAAUGAAAGCCCAAGCAUGCAUUGGAAUCAAUUGGUUGCAGAAGAAGUGAAGGCAAUCUCUCAAUGUGCAUCACAAAUGAAGACCUUCAUAGAUCUAUCUGGAAAUUCUAAUGGCUUUAUUGCUCUUCUGAGAAUUAUUGGUGAUAUUCAGUCUUUGCUGCUGACACUCAUGUGCAAUAUUGUGAGUACAUACUUUUCUAAGAAAUCUGCUGGACCUGCAAUUUCAGAUCAAAUUGAACAAAGCCGAAGAUACUGCUUUAUUGAUUCAGCCAUUUUAAUCUGCAAACUUCAACAUCUGAACCCGAAUGUCCCUAUCAAAACUCAAAUUGAAUUGAUCGUGGCAAUGCAAGACUUGCUGGCAGAGUAUGGGCUGUGCUGUGCAGGUAAAGAGGAAGGAACAUUUCUAAAACUUGCAAUAAAGCAUCUAUUGUCCUUGGAUAUGAAGCUUAAGUCAAACUUUCAUUCUUUAAACAAGGGAUUGGAAACAAUGCAAUGUGACAAGCAGCUUUCCCACAAUAAUCCUGUCGAAACAUCUCUAGACAAAUCAAAGUCAGACACGGUAAAUGUUGCCUCAGAUACAGUGAAUGUUGCUAUAGAUAAAGGCAAUAUUGUGGAGAAGGAUGUUCUUGAGGGAGUGCCUUCCAAAGGCAUUUUGUCUCAUGAGAGUAUGGAGAAAGAGAAUACAGGAUUGGAAUGUAGCAAAUGCAGUGGUGAUGGGCCCAACGGUAUGUCCCAUGGAGAAAAAGCAAGCAAGCAAUUUAAUGAUCUUGGCAGUGAACUAACUGAAGAUGAAAGGGAGGAACUUGAGUGAAUUGAUAAUGCUUUGGAUCGAUGCUGUUUCUGUUUGUAUGGUUUGAAGCUUAGAUCAGAUUCAUCCUAUGAAGAUGAUUUAGUGCAGCACAAAAAUACUAGCCGUGGCGAUUAUCAGACAAAGGAACAGUGUGCUGAUGUUUUCCAGUAUAUACUGCCCUAUGCGAAGGCUUCAUCUAGAACUGGAUUGGUAAAGCUUCGGAGAGUAUUAAGAGCCAUACGCAAACACAUUCCACAGCCACCAGACAAUGUUUUGGCUGGAAAUGCAAUUGACAAGUUCUUAGAUGAUCCUAAUCUGUGUGAAGAUAAACUCUCAGAAGUGGCCGGAUCUGAUGGGUUUCUUGAUUCUAUCAUGAAGAUUAUAUUUCCCGAUGGUAGAAGCCUCAAACAACUCAAGGCAUCAUCAUUAGGGAGCUCUGACCCAUAUUUGGAGGUCUAUUGCAACUUGUACUUCCUCCUUGCUCAGGCUGGGUUUGUACUCACCAAGGAAGGGGAAGAAUUUGUAGAGCAAGACGCUAACCUUUUCAAAUAUGAUUUACAGUACAAUCCUUUACGUUUUGAGAGUUGGCAACGGCUUGCCAAUAUUUCUGACAAGGAGGUGGAUUUACUGCUAAAUGAUGGUAGUAAGCAGAUAAACGUUAUAGGUUGGAGGAAGAAUUCUAUUUUACCUCACAGAGUUGAGACAAGUCAUAGGAGAAGUCGGCGGUGUCUAUUAAUGACUUUGGCUUUAGCAAAGACAUCAGCUCAACAGGGUGAGAUACAUGGAUUAUUGGCAUUAAUGUACUAUGAUGGCCCACAGAAUGUGGUUCCCUUCUAUGAUCAAAGAUCUGUUUUACCCUUGAAGGAUUCAGCAUGGAUGAUGUUUUGUCAUAACGCAAUGAGACAUUUUAAGAAGGCCUUCGCGCAUAAGGAAGAUUGGUCUCAGGCAUUUUAUUUGGGGAAACUCUCUGAAAAGCUUGGAAACUCUCAUGAGAUGUCAUUUUCAUAUUAUGAUAAGGCUAUUGAUUUGAAUCCUUCAGCGGUAGAUGCUGUCUACAGGAUGCAUGCUUCACGCUUAAAGUUACUUUGUACACGUGGCAAACAAAAUAAAGAGGUUCUAAAGGUUGUUGCAGAAUAUUCUUUUAGUGAAUCAACAAAGGAGAAUGUCAUGAAGAUAUUGAGCAGAAUGGGUACUGAAAUUCCAGAUUUGUUAAUGGAUGUUGAGGAUAAAAGUAUUCAAACCAAUCCCGAGGAUACAAAGCUAGUAGAUUCACAUCAAUUGGAAGAGGCGUGGCAUAUGCUUUACAGAGAUUGCCUUUCUGCCCUCGAAAUUUGUGUAGAAGGAGACCUCAAACAUUUUCAUAAGGCCAGAUAUAUGCUUGCCCAAGGGCUGUACAGAAGGGGUGAGAGUGGGGAUUUGGAGAGGGCAAAGGAUGAACUUUCCUUUUGCUUUAAGUCAUGUCGCUCAUCCUUCACAAUUAAUAUGUGGGAGAUUGAUAGUAUGGUCAAGAAAGGAAGGUACAAGCCUCCAGGUCUUUCUGGGAACAGAAAGGUCCUUGAAGUUCACUUACCAGAAAGCUCUCGCAAAUUUAUCACUUGCAUUCGGAAGUACAUUCUGUUUUAUUGGAAACUGUUGGAGGAGGCAGGAGACAUCUGUGCACUUGACCAGGCUUACAUCUCUAUUCGAGCAGAUAAGAGGCCUUACUAUCAGUAUCAAAUCCAGUUCCCCUUGUGCCUUGAAGUUCUUGUUCUAGUAGCUCUUGGGAGGUAUGUUAAGUCCCUAAUUUCAUUGGCACAUCAAACUGAGAAUGUUGGCUCUGGUGCUGCAAGCCGCUCUGAGCAUCUUCUGGAGAAAAUUUUCUCCUUGUUCAUUGAGCAGAUGAACUUAUGGUCAGAUUUAUGCUAUUUGCCCCAGAUCAUUAGCCCAGAAUUAACGGAGAGCAGCUUAUAUGGAUAUCUCUACCAAUAUAUCCACUUAUUAGAGAGAAAUGUCAGAGUGGAAGUACUUGAAGGAAUAAGUGAAAAGAUACGAAAGCGUUUUAAGAAUCCAAAGUUGUCAAAUAGCAAUUGUGCUAAAGUUUAUAAGCAUGUCUCUGUUGCUUGGUAUCGGUCACUUGUAAUUAGCUUGGCAUUGAUCACACCUUUACAUUCUGGACUCUCAAGUGAGAUCCAAGUUCCUAAUCCGUCAGAUUUGGGGUCAGAGAGCAGCCAACAGCUCUGUGUUGAUCUGCAGACAAAUGAAUUGUGGAAGUCUUCCUUUGAAGACUAUAUGCUUGCCCAAGGGCUGUACAGAAGGGGUGAGAGUGGGGAUUUGGAGAGGGCAAAGGAUGAACUUUCCUUUUGCUUUAAGUCAUGUCGCUCAUCCUUCACAAUUAAUAUGUGGGUGAAGCUUGGUCAGAUGAAAAAAGGAUCUGGAAGUUCAUCAGUGCCAUCAAAUACAAAUACACCCGCUGCUGGCGCUUGUGGUGGGAAAGAUGGAGCGAGUAAAUCCAGUGUAGCAGAGGCUGCUACAUCAACCACCGUGGCAUCAGCUGCUGUGCCCAAAAAUGAGAGCUCCCAAAAUACGACAUCUGCUUCAUUGCCUGAAAGUGAGAGUGCACAGAAUGUGGCAUCUGCUUUGCUGGAAGGCAAGCCCACUCAUGACCCAGUCAUAAAUCCAAUUGGUGAGAAACUCCAAAUCUGCCUGGUUGUAACAAAAAUGUUGAAGAAAGGAGCAAUCUGGAUGUGCACGAUGGAGCAGAUCCAGGCAAAGCAGGCUGUCGUAAAGGAACGUGCUUAUGAUUUCCUUGCUAGUCUUAAUUUAGAGUAUGAUCAGAUUUGCGUUCAAAAGUUGAAUGGUCGUCCUUUUCAAGGCCAUGGUCAUAGUGGUGGGUUUCUUCCUCAAGCACAUGGGUUCGAGGUUAUUGCUAGCACCCCUCCUGACACUGGUCUUAUUUCACAGGAUGAGCUACACACUCUCAGGCGUUUGAUGGCUCGGCUGGAUUCUACCACAGCCUCUUCUUCUUCUGCUUCUUCCAACUUUGCUCAUACAGGUAAUCCUGCUAGUGUACUCAGUACAUCCUCAUCAUCUGCUACCGACCACAUGACAGGUGCCUCCCGUCUUUUUUAUUCAUAUUCCCCUUGUUCUGGGCGAGAUAAGGUUAGAGUGGCAAAUGGCACUCUAUCCUUUGUCUCUGGCAAGGGUUCGGAAUUGGCUACGGGGAAAAUGAUUGGCAGUGGUAGAGCACAAGAUGGACUAUACUUUCUGAAUGUUGUUCCUUCUGCCUUACCUUUGUCAUCUCAGGCUUUCAAGUGCACUACUGGCUCAUCUCUUCAUCUCCUCUAUCAGUGGCAUCAUCGUUUAGGUCAUUCGUCCUUUAGUGUUUUAGAGAAACUUUUUCCUUCUUUAGUUCGUGAUUGUCCUAGGCAUAAUUUUGGUUGUGAUGCUUGUAAACUUGCAAAGCAUAAACGUACUUGUUAUCCUUCCAUUAAUAAAAGAAGAACUUUUCUUUUUAUGCUUAUUUAUACUGAUGUGUGA